AAAACAAAUAUGUUUGGAGCUCUAAUUAAACGAAAUUUAUGAUUAAGCAUUCUCAACAGAACGUUUUAAAUAAGCACGAGAUAUUUUCAUAUUUUCUAUGUUUGCAGUCUGACUGACAGUAAUCAGCAAGUCUGACGACUUUACGUUCUAUAGUAAUUCGUAGACGGCCGACGACGUUUGAUCGUUCGUUGAAUAAGCUGUUUUUGUGUAUUGAUCUGUAAAAGAACAGAAUUGGGUGAAAUUAUAACCAAAAGGCCUAUUCGGGAUUGCCAGUGAUUGUGUGCGUGAACAGAGUUCGUCGCUGCAGACUUCGUAGGGUUCGAAAGACCCCCAGCAAGACUUCGGGCUGUAUUCCAAAAGCGAAAGGCCAACCAUGGCGUUCGCCGGGCUGAAAAAGCAAAUCAACAAAGCUAAUCAGUAUGUCACAGAAAAGAUGGGUGGUGCUGAAGGCACCAAGUUGGACCUGGACUUCGUGGAAAUGGAAAGAAAAACCGACGUGACAUGCGAGCUAGUGGAAGAGCUACAGACGAAAACAAAAGAGUUCCUGCAACCGAACCCGACGGCACGGGCCAAGAUGGCGGCGGUUAAAGGCAUCAGCAAACUAAGCGGGCAGGCAAAGAGCAACACAUACCCACAGCCUGAAGGCGUGCUCGGGGAUUGCAUGCUGCACUACGGCAAGAAGCUCGGAGAGGAUACUGUCUUUUCACAAUGCCUGAUAGAGAUGGGCGAGGCGAUGAAACAGAUGGCUGAUGUCAAGUACUCGCUCGAUGACAACAUCAAGCAGAGCUUCCUCGAGCCGCUGCACCAUCUGCAGACGAAAGACCUCAAGGAGGUUAUGCAUCACCGGAAGAAACUACAGGGCCGUAGGCUCGACUUCGACUGCAAACGACGUAGACAAGCAAAAGGCCCUGGUAGGGUUAGUCCCUAUAUGAGCCCAAGUCACGGGUCAUCACAAAGACAGGGUGCUCACAUUCCAGACGAUGAGAUCCGACAGGCUGAGGAGAAGUUCGCGGAGUCGCUGCAGCUCGCCCAAAUUGGCAUGUUCAACCUUCUUGACAAUGAUGUGGAGCAAGUGGCGCAGUUGUCGUUCUUCGCCGAGGGUCUACUGGAGUACCACCAGCAGUGCACGGAGAUACUCAAAACACUCGUCUCUACUCUCAUGGAGAAGAAAGAGGAGGCAGUCAACCGUCCGAAGAUGGAGUUCGUACCAAAGACUCUCGCCGAUCUCCACAUCGAGGGCGUCCACGAUCUGAACAAUGGUAGGCGGUACGGUUCCACCCAAAGCCUCUCCCGACCACGGACCACCAUCCCUCCCUCCUCCUCCGUCGGCGACCUUAGCACUGACCCCUUUAGAGCCUGGGACUCACCUAUGAAGCCACCGACCUCGAGACCAGUAAACGCCCGGCCAGUAAACACCCGGCCAAUAAACGCAAGGCCAGUAAACGAACGGUCAAUGAACCCGCCCGCGCCAGGGUUCAUACCGCACCCGGCGCCGCGGAAUCAGUUCAAUGGCCGAGACCCCUGGACAGCGUCGCCACUGCCGUCGCCGGUUAAGUCUCCGGCGCGGACGCCGGUCGCGCAGAACAAGACGCCGUGCUGUACCGCGCUCUAUGACUUCGAUGCGGAGAACCAGGGCGAGCUCGGAUUCAAGGAAAACGACGUGAUCACGCUGAUCAGCAAAGUGGACGACAACUGGUUCGAAGGCUCUGUCAACGGCAAGACGGGCUAUUUCCCCAUCAGCUAUGUGCAGGUGACAGUGCCACUGCCCAACAUGUAAGCCUCCUUCACUGUCCUGUCAAUACAACUUUGUUAAGGAGCAGGAGAAAGGCAAAUGGACACGUAUUACGCAUUCGGACGACUUUUUUAAAAAUUUUACGUAAUUUCGUCAAAGAACACUUUGGCGAUCGAAACAAUCAGUCUAAAGUAGACAAUUAAUGCCAAAAUUUGCGCCACCGAAAUUACAUAAAAAUCUUUCAAAAAUUCUCCCAUCCAGUGAAACCUAUCUGUGCAAUAUUCCGAUUAUUUCAAAACAUUUAUUUUUAUUUAUCUCGUUCUAAAUUGAAUUGUUAUUUUAGAUAACACGCAUUUAUCUUUUUAAUUUUCCACCAACAUAUUUACCUAAGUUUAAUUAUCCUAAUUAAUAAUAACUGACUGAUAAAGUUGUUUUUAUAGUUAUUGUUUGAUCUGUCUGUAUGAUAGACGCGUGAUUACAAAGUCCAUUUGCCGUCACAAGAUGUUCAAUCGACAGUACGUUACCAACCGAGCUGAGAAUGGAUUUUACAACUUUUUCGGAUAUCGGAACUAGUGAUUGGCCUUAACAAACGUUGUAUUGCAUAAACAUUGUUAUUUAUGUCUCGUUACGCAGUAUUACGUAGAGGAUUUGUAUAAUUUGAGUCUGUAACUGUGUCAAAAGCUCAAUGUUAUAGUUACGAAGUUUUACCCUCAUACUCAUUUGAUCAAUUAACUGGUCUUAUUAUAAUACCUAAUCCGAUUUAUAAAAGUAAUUUUAACGUGUCUUCCGAUUAUUUAAAUUGCUUUUCAAUGUAUGUAAAAUUAAUUUCGAAUUUAUUGUUUGCAUUUACAAUUCAAUUGAGGGAGGACAUAUUCAUAGAAUAAUGUUGGAAUCAUUGCUAUAAUGUUGCCAUUUUAAUUGAUGACUUAUUUAUAAUAUUCUUGUAUGUUUAUGAUAAUGAAUUGACAAGUUAGGUGCAAAGAGUUAUUUUAUUUGUAACUUUUUAUUAGUUUUAUAUGACCCAAGUCGAAUAUGGUUAUACCUCGUUAUGUUAGGUGAGGUGGUAGGAGAGGGUAAGUCUUUAAAAUCUGUCAACUACUGUCCUUGUAAAGAUAAAACUUUACAGGAUUCUUAAAAAAUAUUCCAUGUAAAACUUUUGGAACAUGCUUCUGUUAGAGAACAAAGGGAUUAAAAAGGACACACAUCGAAGCAAUUCAUCUAUAAAGCAAUAUUGCAAUUUGACAUUUGCGCGUAUAAAAGUGCGUAAUGCAAACAAAUGUCAAAUAGCGAGCGUUAUUGUUUUCUAAAUUAAUUGCUUCGAUGUGGCCUUUUUAACCCCCAAAAAUACACACAAAGACACCUAGAUGCCCACCAGAUUGAGGUUCAUAGUGUAGAGAGGGUAGUCGUACCACUGAGAACACCAGCUUAGGAGACGAGUGGCAGUACCGUCACAUCGUGUGAGUGUAUGUGAGAGGAGGCUAAACGCCUCGAGGCAGCAUCAAUUCUGAGGGGUGAUAUUUUAUAGUAAUUCCUGUACAUUUGUUGAUAUUAUUGUGGAUCUAUUUUUGUAGAUGCGCUUUUCUCUGUAUAGGUUCCCCCUUGCUGUUUAAUUAGUUGAAGUUUCCUUGUUUCGUGCCCUUCGGUUGAAUGCACAGGAUAUAAACGUUUUUAGGAUUAUCAUGUAACUAGUUAACAUAUGAGAUUAGAUUUUAUAGUUAUAUCUUUGCGAGUAAUUAUUUAUCUAAAUGGAGAAAUGUAUACAAUGUAACGUAUAUUAUACACAUGAUAAGAGAAGUGAUGGAUUUAUGUAAGAAUUGUUGAAAUCUUGCCAGGAAUCCGUGGCGUUUCGAUGUUCGAUGUGUUAUUGGCAUAUUAUAAUAAUAAAUAAUACUAUAAUGUCAUUGUGAUAACGUUAGAUAUCAUGCUGUUGGUGCAGUGUCCUAUACCAUGCGUUUAUAUUUAAGUUUACUUUUUAUAUUUUUUUAUUCUAAUUCUUUUUACUCGUCAUUAUGUUAUUUAUGUGCAUAAUAUUUUAGUCAAAAUAAACGCUAUUCUUCUUUAUAAAUUACAAUACAUAAUUGAUACCAAAAAUAUUUCAAUUUAGUGAAUUUAUUACAUGGCCUCUCAAUAGUGUUAUUAAAUGUAUUUUAAAUGCACUUACUUAUGAACUUAAGGUCUUACAUAUUUCACUUUGUCCAAUAUUGAUGUUGCAGUAAUGUCGAACAUUAUUUCUAAAUCGUUAUUGUCGUAAACUAAAACUGACCCCAUUGUAUCACUUUUCUGGCAUACAAAAGACAAUACCUAGAUCUAAUGUUAGUUGUAUGUAAGUUCAUAAAUAAUUGUUCUAUCUUCAAGUGUCUCUUAAUGUAAGUAUUUUGAGUAAAUAAUGCAUUCGUCAGUGUUAUGAGGAUGUUUCAAUGUUUAAUGUGCGAUGCUCCGAUGCGGAAUGUAACCCACGUGAGCGGACCGAGCAUCCAUCACUAUUCUAUUUCUCAAUAAUACUUCACGCAAUCUUCUCUGUCAUUUCGGGGAGUGAAUGCGAUCUGUUGUUGUAAUGUAAGAUUCUACAGAAUUGGAAUAAAGUGUAAAUGAUAAAUGAGAGGACCUAUUUUAUAGUUGCCCUUUACUGUGUUGGUUCUGUGUCGCUUUACAACAUGCCUGCGGAGUGACGCACUCGGGGAACGAUAGUUGUUGAUAAAAUAAGGUCGUUGUGACUUGUGACCGUUCCAAAAUAUAAGCAGACGGUCGAUCGCACGAGACGCGAUGUCGGGACAAAGAGAGUUGAAUGAAACACGAGUCAUUGCUCUGCGUAUUAUAGAACCAGUGUCUACAUAUAAAUAAAGCGGGCAUGCUAAUCGCCACAAAUAGACUACAAACUGCGAACUUGUUUUGAAUAAAACGAGUAUGAAAAACAAAACAAACCGUCGUCAUAUCUGCUGUUUAUCAACAACCACCAUUCCUCAUAAAUCUAUUCUCUAAAGAAUGGGACAUAAAUAUUUUGCUAUCGUCGCGAGAUUGUCUGUUAUGAUGUAAUAUUCUCGUUCAUGUUACUGUAAUCUUAAUACUGUAAUUUGAUAGAUUAAAACUUGAAGAGAUGUAAUACAAAUAUUAUUGAUUUGUAUUAAAAUUUAUCCCGAAACUUAUUGCUCGUUUUCGCCUCCUAAUAAAAUGUUAACAAUUAAAACUA